GCACCGGCGGUGUCAUGCCGGCGCCCUGGCGGGAUAUUCAUCAAUAGAGAAAAACCGAUCGAACUCCUCUGAUUGAUUUUUAACAGAUUAACGCGUUGGAUUUAAAUAUUUAUAUCUAUAUUACUGUGUUUGUAUACAAAAGGACUUGGGUUCAAAGCGUAGGAAUGUCGUUCCCAAACUCCCACAAAACGGUAAUUGUCCUGGACAGAAGCCCCUAUUUUGCCCAAUCUUCCAAACAAACCGUCGAAUACGAUGUGUUGUCGAAAUCGAAGAGCCCCGGCUUAAUCCCCGCCGCUCCCAUCACCAAAUCCCUUUGGACUUCGUGUGUGGAAUCGGUCAUAGAAUUCAUAAGGAUUGUCUACGACAUUUUCCCCACACAGAAACUGAUCCGUGUUGUCAGUGGAGUCCACUCAUUGAAUACAUGGACCCAGAAGGACCAAGGAAUGCAGCAGGUGAUGAUGUCACUGGCUCGUAUCGGUCCUGCCAGAGCUGGAGGAAGCGAAGAAGAAUACGAACUGAUGCAUGGUUUGUCAACUGCCAUUGAAGUUCUCUGCGAACCCAGUGAAAUACAGCACGAGUUACGGACGUCCCUUUCUGAAACCAGCCACAACGUACUGAACCGAGGCAGAAUCAUAUGUUUAACGGCCAUCAAAAGUGAAGGCCACAUUCGGACAUUGGAAGGGUGCUUGAUGGACGCUCUGAUGCAUCACAACAAACUGGCUGCCCAAACAGACACACUUCUGCCGAUCAACCAUUGUGAUCUGGUCCUGGUGCAUAUUGUUCCAGUUGGUGAUGAAGUGAAGUUCUCAGACAAACCCCUCAAAGAGGUGUCUCCACAACUGUCGGUGGAGGUUCACGUGACUCAGGCCGGUCGUAUCCUGUACAACAAACUCGCAGCAUUGGUUCAGCAGUACUACAACUUGUCUUCGACCACUGUAACAGGAAUUCCAAUGAAGGAAGAACAAAAUGCCAGCUCUUCUGCAAAUUAUGAUGUGGAGCUCCUUCACCCUGCAGUGGCACAUGAAGAACUCAAAAGACAAGUAGGUGGACACGCUGAAGGCCUCAUAAUUGCAUCAAAAGAAGGGUUACCCACAGAUACGGUUACUUUGAAAUGGUGUACCCCAAAAUCUAAUCUUGUUGAGUUACAUCACUGUACCAGUUGUCACCGUAUCACCCCAGUCGAUGUGAACAGCCGACCAUCAUCGUGCCUCACCAAUUUCCUUCUCGGUGGGCGUGCUGUGAUGUUAGAACAACCACGAAAGUCAGGUACAAAGGUCAUAUCUCAUAUGUUGGCCAGUCAUGGAGGUGAAAUCUUCAUCCACACCCUCUCGAUAUGCCGGUCAAUAUUGGAAGACCCUCCCUCCAUCAGUGAGGGCAGUGGUGGACGAGUGACAGAUUACAGAAUCACAGAUUUUGGUGAAUUUAUGAAAGAAAAUCGGUUGGCACCAAUCACUACUGUUCCAAGUCCAGAGAAUGGGCUUCUUGCAAUACAGAGAGCCAAGAAACACAUUGAACGAAUGACCAGAUACUGGCCAAUGGUCAUCAGUGAUACACUCAUUUUCAACAUGAGACAGCAAAUUGAACCGCUGCCAACGCUUAUAAUGAAAGAAAAGAUUGAUGAAGACGAUGUGAUGGAAUGCCGCAAGGUGAUAUUUAAUAUUCUCGGAAUGGAGAGCAGGAACGACCCUUUCCCUACGUCGGUGACUGGUUCCAGAGGAAAAGGACCAAAAAGGGAGGAACAGUACCGCCAGUUUUGGAAUGAACUUGAAACUUUGAUCCGAUGCUAUUCAGAAACAUCACCAAUGCAUGAAAAAGUUCUAGAAUGCCUCAUCGACUGCAAGAAACCUACGGAAGAUUCCAGGACAUUACCAUCUCCAAAGAGAUCUGCUGAUAAAGCGUUUGCUAAAGACAAAGUAGAUGCAUCUGAAUCUGAGCAAAGCUGGAAAGAAUUUGACAAGUUCCAGAAAGUGACUGAAAGAUCCUCAAAAUAUUGGGUUGUCCGGAAAAACUUUUGUUUAUCGUCUUUGAAGUCUGAAUAUACGUCACCUCUUUUUCGACAUAAGACGAUGGCGUGCGAAGUUGAAAAAGAAAAAGAAAGACAUUUUCGACACUUGACUCUCUUCGCUUUUAAUCACGGUUCCAAAGCCUCAAAAGCAGUUCUAGACAUUUGUGUCGCGAAAGCUGCUACUGUUACUGAAAGCGCAACACGGGCAUGCCUUCCUGCUUCACAGAACAAAACUUCGACUUCACCAAUUCUUCCAAUCCAGGUACUGUUAAGUGUGAGCAAUGGCAAACAAUUUAAAUCAAGAGCAAAGAAAGUGGAUACUAAAAACCGUACUGGAAGUCUGAAAAUGCCGAGCAAGUGCACACAGCAUGGCAAGAGGCCUUUCACACUCGCUCCACCUUCACGCCAGAUAAUUUAUCGCAUAAGGAAUAAAUUUGAUACCAGACUUCUUUGA